GGUCUGUGUUGAAUUUCUUGACGUCAAAAGCAAAGAUGGCGUUGAUGGGUGCGCACGGUUGUUAAAUUCCGUCGGAUUUAUUUUUCAAUGAAUCUGGGCUAAUAAUUAAAUAAAAAAUAGAAAAGUGCAUUGUAAACGUUUGCCCAUAACCGCGAUUAAGAAAUAUGACUUUAUUACAAAUUAUAAUGCGUGUAUUUUAAUUAUAAUACAAGUUACAUCAAAACUCUAUUCAAUUCGUAGUGGGAGAAAAAUUCCGAUUCAGUUUUGCUGUGUAUACGUGAAUGGGGAAAAAAUUUGCAACACCCUAAGAAGAUUGAAUAUAAUAAUGGAUUGAAAAAAAAAAUCUUAUUAAAAUAAAAGUGCCAACUGUUUAACUGAUAUCUAUAAGUGCUGUGUUUUGAUUUGAACGCUUUAGACUAUGCAAUUCAUGCAGCUAUGAGGAUUAACUAGAGUCGUACCUCAACGUCAAAGACCCCGCGAAUCAAAAUAAUGUAAAUACUAAAGUAAAAAAUGGAAGGAUAAUUAAAAUAUAACUGUAGUAAAAGUCGCACUUUUCAAAAAUGAAAGAUCGAUUUACAACGAAAAAAUAAAUCAGUUGUUUCCAGUACGUCGGUUUUAAUUUUGUUCUAAAAAAAUUUAAAACAAAAUUUUCUACGAAGCAAAGUUUCAGCGCUAAACUUCCAAAAUCGACAAAAAUUCACAAGCCCAUGUCAUAUUAAACAACCUGAAGCGCAGCCGCUCGUCAACCCCAAUCGAAUCCGAAAGACGCCCAUAUUCAUUCCAAAUUAAAUACAUAGACAAAAGCAAAUCGAGUAAUUUGACAAUGAAGCAACGCAAAACGAAAAUACAAAGAACCUGAUGUGAACUAACGGUGCAAUACGUAGGCUAAUGAUUAUCAAUUAACAUUUUAAAUUUAAUAGUAUCGAUAGGAAACCUUAAAUUUUAUUUUUGUCUAUAUAUAAUAGUUGUGUGAAUAAAAUAAGUUAUUGAACGCAAAUAUAAUAAUUGAAUAGGAAGCGAACUCGAUUAGAAUAAUUCUAAACUAAUUAGCUCGAUAAAAGUCAUAAGCAGCAAAAGAAAUCAAAAGAAAAGUGUGAAAAAAGUUGAAAAGUCUCUUAAAUGAUAUAGUUUUGCUAUACAAUUAGUAAUUGUAUUAAAAGUGAUUGAACCGACGAGUAUUGCAAAUUUAUAAAAAUUCUGGUCUACAAAAUGUCAUUGGCCGAUAUGGGUACAGCGACUCGAGAUGGCGGCAUAAGCGGCGGUGGUGUUGGUGUUAGCGUUGUGGAUGGUAUGGGUGUGCCGGGUGGACGCAUGACUCACUCGUUGAGCACACCAUCUGGAGUCGAUGGAACACCAUCCACACCAAGACAUCGCGGUGGCAAGAAGUUAACCGUUCGCAUUCAAAUGCUAGAUGAUUCAGUGACCAUGUUCCAAGUACAGGCAAAAGCACUUGGACGCGUUCUAUUCGAUCAGGUGUGCCGUCAACUAAAUCUACUUGAGGCCGAUUAUUUUGGUUUGGAGUAUCAGGAGAUAUCUACACACACCAAAUAUUGGCUAGAUCUCGAGAAACCCCUAAAUCGACAAGUUGGUCUGUCGCUUAUCGAUCCUGUGCUUCGUUUCUGCGUUAAAUUCUACACUCCUGAUCCAGCACAACUUGAGGAAGAAUACACGAGGUAUCUCUUUUGUUUGCAAAUUAAACGGGACUUGGCCAACGGCAAUUUGCAGUGCAACGACAAUACCGCAGCUCUAAUGGCCAGUUACAUAGUGCAAGCAUCAUGUGGCGAUUAUGUGCCUGAGGAUUAUCCUGAUCACACCUAUUUGUCAUCGUAUCGUUUCGUACCUCAUCAGGAUGCUACCAUGCAGCGAAAAAUCAUGGAGAAUCACAAGAAGCAUGUGGGUCAGUCUCCUGCUGAGGCCGAUUUAAAUCUGCUGGAAACGGCAAGGCGGUGUGAACUUUAUGGAAUGAAAAUGCAUCCAGCGAAAGAUGUGGAGGGUGUUCCCUUGAAUUUAGCAGUAGCUCACAUGGGAAUUGCUGUCUUCCAAAAUAUCACGCGCAUUAAUACCUUCUCCUGGGCUAAAAUACGUAAGAUAUCAUUUAAGCGUAAACGGUUCCUGGUGAAGCUCCAUCCCGAAGGAUAUGGGUAUUACAAAGACACCGUGGAAUUUUUCUUUGAGGGUCGUAAUGAGUGUAAAAACUUUUGGAAGAAAUGUGUAGAGAAUCACGGGUUCUUCCGUUGUGCUGCAGUGCAGAAUCAGCCUAGACGAAAAGCUCGGGUGUUAUCGCGUGGCAGCUCCUUCCGCUAUAGCGGCAAAACACAGAAGCAAAUUAUCGAAUUUGUUCGUGAGAAUUAUGUAAAACGACAAAACUUCCAAAGGUCACAGUCAUUCCGGCAAGGGCCUUUGAAUGCUAGUAGCCGAAGUCAGUCGCAUACGUAUGUGAACUCCAGCAUUUCAGCCAAUCCCCUUCUCCCAAUUGACACUGCGGACUGGGAUUAUCGCAAUCAAUGCACCGCCUCGACGACGCUUUCUCUGACGAAGAAGGCAGCGGAUACCUUGGAUCGCCGACAAGACAAUCCUACAGACCACACGCGUUCUCAAGUCACAGCAGCCCAGGUGGAGAUCUAUCAGACGAAGAAUUAUGCUCCGGAAUCGCCAACAUUGCCGGAGGAACAGCAACACCACUCGGCAGCGGCUAUGGACCAAAUGAAUUCGAACCGCUCUGUCUCUCCUCAGGGUCCGGAAUCGUGGAAUUCGCUCAACCACAGCAGUCAGCAACACAACAAUAUACGCGCCCAAGAUCAGGCUCGUGCGCAUCAAGGAGAUCACAAUUUAGGUCUGAGCCACUUGUCCCACUUAUACAGCAGCAGCACCCCUCGUCGAGUCUCAGUGGCAUCUCAAGCGUAUGUCCCUGUGUCGCCGCAGCUCAUGCACACCAACACCAGCAACAGCAACACCAUCAACACUAUCACAACCAACACAGUGGGUCUAUCGGUGGAUCUCAGCAGCUCUAUGGAGUUGGAACAGGAGGAGGAUUUGGAGGAGGAGGAAGAAUUAGUCGAGGAGGAAGCGGAUUCGGACUUGACAGCAUCUACAACCAAUCGGGAGAGUAUGGUAUCAGCGGCACCGGGCCCUGUCCUUCAUCAGCAGCUUCGGUCACAGGAGUCCCAAUCGCAAACUGUCACCCCAGUCCAUUAUAGCAGUACCAAUUAUUCGAUGUCUAAACAGUGUUUGCUUAAUAAUAAUAACUCAACUGAAACCGAAACAGAUAACAUUAUAUACACCGACAUAAACGACAUUGGACAUUAUAAAUAUCCAGACUUUACAAGUAUUAUUCCCAAACCCGAAAAUAAAAUAUCCAAUUCCGAAAAUUUAAAUCUGAAUGAUCGUAACGACAUUUAUGCAACCGUUAAUCGCAAAACUAAAUCCAAAUCACGUGAGAAACACUUUAGUGAUGAGUUUAUUGAUGAAUCUAUAUUACAGUACACACGAGUUAAACAAAUCGGUAUGACUGAUGCGCAAGAGCAAAACGGUCAUUUCGAAUCUGAACGCGGGUUUUUGGGUCUUAAUUAUCAAUAUCAUAAUGACUUGAAUCAUCCGUCUGACUCGUCUUCGUCAUAUUUCGGAACUGGGUUCGGUAGUAAACGCUAUGCGACCGCAGAGCGUGGUAAACUAACUCAUUCCGAAAACUAUCUCACACCGUCAAUGGACCCACAGAGUUUUGUGUCGGGCAUAGGAAGCUCAACGACACGACGCCAUACGCAUUCACUGCCUCGCAACUCCGAACUUUCCGGUGUAGACUCAGUGGAUUCCUAUGACAGUCACUACAUUACUCAUCAUGCUCAUUCGAUUGGCAACUUGCGUCCCAAUACGAAUAUUACAAACAGUUAUUUAGUAUUCAACGAUAGUAAGCCGGUCAGUUCGGCUGAGGAACGCAGCAUCGCUGGUUCCCCCUUGAAUCGUUUUAAGACUUCGUCGGAAAAACUUGAAUUUGAAAUAUCUUCCGGCAACUUGUACUCUACAAGUCAGUAUAAUAAGGAGGCAUAUGAUGGGGAGAACAUUUACGACCAAGUUGAGAAGGAGUCCUGGUUGAAGAGUAGUUCAUGCAAAGAUCUAUAUGAUUUCUCUUCGUUUUAUGAAAGCGAAAAGUCCAAGCCAAUGACUGCUUUCGACAAGGAGUUCCUCUCGUUUAAUCGUAUUGACUCUCCCGUUACCCGUUACGAUGAUUCGAGACAUUCAUUGUAUAUUACCAAAAACCAUUCAAUUGAUGCGACUCAAGACUUUUCCCCAUUGCCCAACUCAAAAGUUUAUUCCUCAAGCUACCCAGGCAGUACAUAUAAUACUCAAAAUCACCAGAACAAGCGUGUUUACGGACACCAAAUUGACUAUGGCGGUUCCCAAGACGAUAUUUCACAGGAUAGUUAUGAACUACUUGAAAAAUAUGACAUUGACUUUUUUAGUGGUCGUCGCCGAUCAGAUGACCAUAUGCGCUCGUGUUCGCUCGAUUCAGGUAACUACAUACCGAGUGAUGAUGAGUCAGUUUCGGAACAGCAUAAAUAUCGUUCAGCUAUGGAUGUCAAAUGUAAGUCGGCCGUUGAUAUUAUGAAUGAAAUUUGGGACUCGGAAGAUCCACGGUACUUGCCACGUGAGAAGUUAUGUGUGAAGUCGGAUGGGAGCUUUUAUAAAAAGGUCAAAGAAGCCCUUUCUCGCACUUCUAGUCAAGAGAGUCGGAGUGAAGUUUUUGAGACGAAAGUGUCACGUAGUUCAGACUCUAGCAAAAAAUCGCGUGACAGUUUGUACCACACCGACAGCAAAAAGUCACGUGAGACAACCAAGAGCAAGACGUCAGUGGCAUCUAGUCAAGACUCGAAAGAAUCAUUAAUAGGUGACUGUUUCGGCCGCAACUAUGAAAUGCCAACCACCACGGGAAAGAAGCUAAAGCAUUUAAAUAAAAAGGAUCAAUAUGAAAAAUACCAGCAAUCCAGUCAAGAGUCAAAGAGUGAUUACUACGAUGCCGUGGAAGGUGUUGAAACUGAUAGCCUUUGCGGACGGCCAAAAGUAAAAAGCCACGAUUGUUUAUUGUCUGACACACACAGCUCGACAGCAAACAGCUCGUUCUACGACAGUCGUGACACAUAUUCAACGUUUCCGAGCAACAAGUCACACAAAACAUCUAAAGUACAUUCGAUCAGUCUCCAAAAUGUGGAAAUUGAGAGGAAUACUAAAUCAUUUGGAAGCAAAUCACCAGAUGCAGCAUCGACACCGGCAUCAGGUAAGAAAUGCAAAGAAAAAGAAAUCCAGACCAACGACUCUAUUGAUCAGACUGCACCAAUUAAAAAAGUUGACUCGCAGUCCUCAAAAAUUUCUGCGUUCCGACGACGUUCAGACAGUGAAAAUAUUUUCAGCUUCGACCAGGAUCGCAUUGAAUGCAUUCAGAAUUAUACCAAACAGUGGGAAGUACAAGGCAAAGAAGAAAAGACUAAACAAAGCCCAGAGUACCCCUUAACACCAGAACUAGUUUCAGAAUUCGAAAAACAACAAGCGCGUGCUGCUAAGCAAAAAGUAACUCGUAAAGAGGAGUUGAUGGCUAAAACCCACUUUGAAGAGUACAAUCCGAUUAUGGCUCCUCUUAAUUAUUCACAUGCUACAGUGGAGCGCACUAAAAGUGAUCCCAAUUCAUUAGCUAAUCGCGCGCGUCUUGGUAGCAACUCUCGUCGUCAUGUGUUGAUGCAUCAGAAGUCCAUAGACUUAACUCCGGCCGAUUCUAGUGAUGAAGAUUAUAUCUACAAACAAAUACCGAGUGCUCCACCACUUUGCAAGGCACAUGGUAAUUUUGAGAUUCCAAAGUGUUUCGACGUGCCCCCAGUUUUGACUGAUAUUCCAAAAACAGGUUUUGAAUUGCCAAAGAGUUUUUUCAGAGAGUAUGACAGACGUUUUCCAAAAGUAUUGAAAGACGAUAUACCAUACGUUUUACAUAAGCGUCAUAUAAUGAAUGGCACAGCUCCUUCACUGGGUGAAAAGAAACACACAAAACCAAAAUCGCCGAAAUCACCUAAGUCUCCAAAAUCGCCAAAAUCUCCGAAAUCACCAAAAGCCGAAGCUACAAAAUCCGUGACCUCAGUUAGUCAAGUCGCUGAUUUUCUACCGGACAUACUGGGCAGUUUGUUGCCAGCAGAAACCAAAGAAUUUCUAUUUACUCAAAACAUUGAUCUCUCUAAAGUUGAUCCCAUAACUUUGGAAGUUAAUAAGUCUAUACCGACUAUCGAAUUAUCUUCACCAAAGCGAGAUAUUACUAAACAAAUGGAUCCAUCUUUGUUGGAGAAACUAAAUAAAAAACUCAGCCAAAUCGAAAGUGAUUCCGCAACUUCAUCUCGAACCGAAAGUAUACAACAACAAAAAAAUAAACUUGAGCAAAAGCAAAUAGAACUUAUACAGAAUCUCCGAAAAGAACUACAAGCCAAUACUAGAAAAGUAGUAAAGCCGCGUAUAAUACCAAAAACAAAAAUUUCUAACAAGCCCAAGAAAGCCAAAACUCGCAUAACAUCGUUCUCCUCCGACGAUGAAAGUUUGGACUCAGACGAUGUGUUUGGUUCGGCUGAAGCCAUACCCGCUAGACUUGAGUUUUCACCUCCUCAGUCACGUAAAGAAAUAGAACCAAUAUUGCGCAUUGAACAAAGCCGUUUGAUAUCGGCUGCAUGGGGUCGUGGACAGACUAUGAGCUCAACUGAAAUUGAGGGGUCACCGCCACAAUGCCGUCGGCUUGCUGAACUGGAAAGUCGUUAUCAUACACAAAAACUUGAUCCGCAAUAUGCCAAUACCACAGAAUUAAGACGAAUUUCUGAGAGAUCGAUUUCCAUUCCGUCCUCAGAAGACGAGCCACUGCACAUUCCAACCAGACGUAUGGAUGAGUGCACUAACGAUUAUCAACGCAACGAAAAUAUUCCGUCGCCAAUAUUAGAACACGCCGAGUUUUUCCGCAGUAAUGAUGAUAUUUACGAAACUUGUCAAGAGGAAAAAAUAACGGAAUCAGAUAUUGAUUAUACUCUUAAGAAGAAAUCAUCACCACGCACUGAAAUGCCAAAAUCAAAAACCAAAUUUAUUGAAGAAAUCAUAGAUUCUUCAAUAGUGAUGCGAUCUAAAGGUCAUGCACCGAUUCUCUUCGCACAUGCCCGUCUCAAUUUGUCCGAAGGCUCGGUAUCACUUCAGCGACAAAAAGCUACGCAAGAGUCACCAACAACCGAGAGACGGACUAAGAGCCUAGAUACCCCAGUCAUAUCACUACACCGACUUCCACCUAUGAACGCAUUUUCAUCCAAAGAUGAUACAGUUGGAUUUGAGGAAGAAGCUGAAAUAUUAGAAGAAAAAUCACUGGAACGAGGAAGUGGUGUUCAACAAGAUGAUGAUACUGCUGACAGCAUACACUCUUGCGCUGGUUCUAUACCGACACAAGCGAGUUAUCAUACUGCAGGAAAAGAUUCUUUACUGAAUACAGUAUCCAUUGAUGAGGAAGAGAUACAGUUGUUAAAUCAGCUCAAGUUUAUUGAGAAAAUUGCAUUGCAAGGUGUCAAAAUAAAAGCAAAGAAAAAAUCGAAGAUGAGACUCAGGAGUGGGGAUCAUUUAAUAUUGGAUAUACCUAAGUAUCGUUUCACUGAUUGGUCGCCCUAUAGCUCAGCCAAUAGUUCUCGAAAAACAUCUCCGGGAGUUUCGCGAGCUAGUAGUAUUGAAAGUACUGGCAAAGGCAAAUUUAAAAUUGGACCAAAGUCUCCAGAGAGUACUAAAUUAAAGGCAGGAACAUCGCGAAGUCGUCCAGAAUCUCGACGUACCAGCAUAGAUGAUAGUAAGGCAAAAGAUGUAAAAGGAAAAAAAUCGAGUCCAAAAGAACGUCCUCGUUCUAUUGAAGCUCGUCGCCUGAGCAAGGAUAAAAGCAAGUCUCAAGAGGAAACAGAAGCAGAUAUUGCUAAACGAAAAGAACGACAACAAAAAUUAUAUGAGUCUGCUAUGAAACAGACCAUAACUAUGCUUAGCCCUGUUAAAGAUUCACUGCCACCAUUCCCAGCACCUGAAGAUAAAAUCUCAGUGAAGACUGAUGGAGAUAAAAUUAUAAUUGAAACAGAGUUUAAGAGCAAGGCUGAAGAUCAUGUUUUAAUAGCGAAAUCUCCACGAAAGUUGGACACCUCGUUAGUGAAAUUUAGUCGCAGCUUCGAUGAAGGGCGCAGCCCAGACAAAUUAGACAAAGCCAAUCGCAGCUUUGAAGAUCGUAAUAAAUCCUUCGAAGAAUCGGAAAAAUCAGACGUACCAGAUGACAUGGUAAUUAAGUCACCUAAGAAAAUAGCCAAAAGCCAAGAGAUUAAACAAAAAAUUGAAGGAAGUGUUGUGCAUAAAAAAAUUGAUGGUAAGUCUAGUAGUUUGGAGAAACCUUCUGAACAUCAUUAUUUGGGAACUGAUAUCAAGGCAAAAAGUCUUGAUGAUAAAAAACCGGCACCAACUGCAGAACCAAAGAAAUUCGACGAAAAAACAACCACACGAAGUGCCAUUGGUGAUCGACGCAUGUUCGCACAUCAGUACAAUGUUCAUGAGGAUAUAGAUAUGCAAGCGGUUAUUUCGGAAAGACGGUCAUUAGAAAUACUAAAGAGAUCUUUGCCAUCGGAAGAUACAAAAGAAAGUGAUGGUACCUACAGCCGUAAACCAUCCACGGCGGAGAGUUUGGAUUCAUUUGUGUCAGCGGAUGAUAGUCAUUCACCAGCGAGCAAAUCUCCAGUUCCACCAGAAGUUUAUCCGCACCGUGUACCAACCAUUGAAUGCGAAGAACCGUCUAUUGAAGAAGAUGAUAAUUCGGGAGAAUGUCGUCAUUUAAAAGUGUCUCGUCAAGACACAAAUCGAUUAAGUUUGGAUCGUAGUCGUAGCGAUGAGACAGGCUCUUGGAUAACUGUUGAGUGUGAUGAAUUUGUUGGUUCAGAUACAUCUGAUAAUGAACCUCGUACAUUGGAGCCAGAUCGUAACAUAUUAGAGACACAAGCAACCUUGGAGGAUGCUAUUCCGUUGGAAUAUUCCAAUUGUGCUACACCCACAUCUGAUUUAAAUAUUUUAGUAACUCCACCAAAUACGAGUCCAAUGAUUGAGAAAUCUGUUUUAGAAACAUUUGAAAAACAAGCUGAAAAAUCCGAAACUAAGAAGAAACAUAGCUUGGAAAAACAAAGCGACAAAUCUAAAAGUUCCGACUCUUGGACAAGUGGAGAAAAGGAUGUUAGUCCGCAUCGCAGUGAACAUCAUCAUGAUUGGAGUUUAUCUGUAAGUGGUGGAAAGGAGAAAAGUUCUAUGGACGAAGAGUCUAGUGUAAGCUGCUCAAUCGCAAGACCUUUGGGAAUUUCCCAAGAUUUCGGAGACAUUGAAGAAAAGAAAUGUCUAGAACUUAAACAAAGAAUGUUAAAAUUAGAAGUUGGUAAUGAAGGAGAUGCAGGAGAAACAGCUAUUUUGGCUAAAAGUAGUCCUACCGGUUCCAAUGAAACUACACCAACCAACGAGCCAAAAAUAAUAGUAAAGAAACCAACAACCCCAACUUUAGAGAAACAAAGUCCAAUAGAUUUGGGCAUAAGCACUGAAAGCUUUUUGGAUCCAAUUGAUGAAAAACUAACAAAGCUUCUUCAACGAAAUGAGGAUAGUGAAUCUAGUUCUGGUACCUCGAAAAAACCACCAAAAAUUGAAAAACCUGCACGUACUAACAUCGGUAAAAAACUGGCGGUAGUCAAAACGGAUGGUGGUGAUAAGACUGGAAAAUCUGGAAGUAGUUCACAGGAAUCAAAGUCAAGUUUUGACUCAAAAGGAUCGUUAAGUGUGGAAUCACGUGGAUCCUUUGAGACUGAAAGCAGCUCUGGUUCAAUGGGCGCGGCACAUCGCAGAGGAGAAUUAGUACAGAAAGAACAACAAACAACAUGGAAGCCCUUUCCCAUAGAAAGCUCUGGCAGCUCUAGUACAGAUGACCCUUGGCACCACAUUGAAACUGAUGGUUACGAGCGAUACGAUGCUAACAAUCCCUUACGCGAUUCUUCUGACAGCGAUUUAAAAGAGGUGUCACCAGAUGACCAAAAGGAAAGUGACACAAGUUUUCAAGAUGAAUUAAAUGAUUUCCCAACUACAUUUGGGUAUCCUUCGAUGACAAGCUCAUUAGGUGGAAUCGGAGUAAACCCAACGGAUAUAAUUGGUUAUACUACCGGUUUUACUUUGGGAAGAACUUUAUCUCGGAUAUCUGAGCGUAGUACAGCUUCAGAAAAAUCUAGUAUGGAAGACGAUGUUAGUAAGGCAUCUACUCAUUCUGUAAGUAUGCGAGACGAAUCUGUUGGUUCCACAGAUCACCAACCAAGUUUAAGUUCAGAUUCUCGAAGCAAUACCAAUUUGGCUUAUAUAUCAGAUGCCGAUCGACGUACAUCGGCCGAGAUGCCAGAAAUUCCCUGUGACUCUGCAACUGGGGAUCGACUUUCUAGCAUAGGUAGCUUUAACGAACCGAAAUCUCCAAUUGUUGUAACUGGACGCUUUUCUGUCACUCAAGUUGAAGAGCAACAAGGCGAUGAUGUAGACAGACACACACUUAUGUGUCUUUCAAAUGCAGGAAGCCAAGAUUCAGAAGAUUGGCCACUUCCUGAAAUACCCUUCGAUCAUGUACCAGUAAAACCGGUGGAGUCUAUCUAUCAAAUGCCCGAUCUGGAUAAACCUGUGCCGAAGACAUUUUGUUGGAAAGCUAGUAAGUCAUUCCAAUCGCAAGAUUCGCAGGAUUGGCCUUCUCCGCCGCCAAGUGCUAUGGAACCUCCAUUGAUAAUUGAAGAUAUUGAAACAUAUUAUGCCACGGAGGCACAAAGUGCUGAUCAGGUAAUGGUUGAGUCUUUCACAGCAACCGAUAAGACAGAUGAUGACGUGCAAUCACAAGCCGACGAUAGGCUCUCCAAUGAAGACUUCCCAAUAACUCCCCCUGACGUGGCGAAAGUUUUAUCUUACGAGGAUACGGCAUAUUUAAUGUCGGCAGCAUUUGAAGAUAAAGAUUUCGGUAAUGAGGAUACUCAACACGACACUCCAACAUGCUUAAGUUCAACGUUGAGUGCGGCAUCUUGCCUCUCGUCUUCAUUUAAUGUAACUUGUUCAUCCUCGCAAAAAUCAACUCAAAUCUCUCCUAUUCGGAAAGAUUCUAGCCCCGACUCGGUAAUCAUAUCCCAACCAACACGCUCGCCAACCAUCCGAAGUCCAAUUUCCGAGGAUGAGGUUUUAUCAAGUGAUGACGUAUUUAUGCCAGGCACUGUAAAAAUUCAAUUACCAACAGAUGAAAAUCGUACAACCGAAUAUUUGCGAAAGUUGUCUCGAGGUUCAAAUAACUCUGAUACCUCUAUUGAUGAUAUUUUAUCAACAUCUGGGACAUUUAUGGAGGACCAGACUACAGUACGGCGUAAUUAUGAAUCACGUCUUAGUACGGGUUCUUAUAAAAAGUGCAGUCAUUCUAGUCAUUCCGAAGAGGAGACAAGUUCUAUUGGAACUGAUUUAGACGGCACGGUGCGCAUGGGUUUACAACAGAAGAAAUGUACACAUAGCUCCCAUUCGGAGGACACAUCGAUUGGAUUGAGCAUUUCUGAAUGGUCAACGGGCACAAACACAGUCCGCCAAUACGCGAAUCUCUCCGGAUCAGAUAGUCUUUCGGCAGUAUCAACCCAAUCAUGUGCGAAAAGUGAGAAGUCGAAUCAUACAAAAUCUAGCAUGAGCUCAAUAAACAAAUCGGCCGAGAGCUUAAAUGAACAAAGUGGAAGUUUUUCAAAAGGACUUUCUGGUGACAAUGGUUCAUCUGAUGGUAUGCGCUAUGAUAUAUUAUCAAACUCUGAAACAGAAAAAAUGUCUGAAGCUACUUCGGCGACAAAAAGUGACGACACUACAUUGACGCUAACAGAAAUGGCUCAAACAAUGACUGAGUGGUCUACAUCAAGCAGCCGCACUUUGGUGGCAUCUCAACCUGGAGAAAACCCUCAGGAUUCAAGAAACGGUAGAAGAAGCAGCUUUAUAGACUAUGUACCAUUGAAACAACCGCGAGGAAUUUCGAAAAAGUCUCCCAGUGAAGAGUUGCGUACUGUUAUUCCGCAAGUACAUCGCAGGAGUGCGAGUAAUGGCAAUAAUAAUCGCACUACUUUAGAUGAAACGGGACAGAAAGGAGCCACUCCAAAAUUAGGUGACCACGGACGGCAGAAUUCAUUAUCCCGUUUAAUCAAAUUGGAUGAGAGAGAAGUUGCUACAGAGCAUACAAGUGCUGCACGAAAACGACGGUCACUGGAAAUGAUGUCGAAGCUGUACCAAAGUCAAGAUAUUUCUUCGGAAAGUGAAGCUCCGUUUGUAGAGCGGUUAUAUUCUCCUAGUGAAAAGCUAACAGAACGUUAUCAAAGUCAGGAAUUCGUUCCGUUACAUGGAGCCACGACGCAGGCUCAACAAGCAAAUGCUUCAACAACUCAAAAGUCUAAAGCUCCUCCGCCACCGAUAAAACCAAGAGCACCGCAGCCACCGACAAAGCCCAAGCCUCAAGUAACACGGCCAUUGAUGCAAGCCUUGUUAAAGCAUAUGAAAGCAGUUAGUAAAGCUGAGGAAACUUCCGUAUCAGCUUCCACAUCUGGAGCAUCGACAUCGUCGCAAGUAAGCGCUUCCAUGAAAGCUCCUCCGCCACCUAUACCAAAUAUACCACCCAUUACGUCACCAAACGAUUUACCACGAACUAAUUCGGUAGGUCAACUUCCUGAUAAGCCACUCGCGAAGCAUCAUAGCUAUGACGAUAAAACCAUGUCUAAAUCACAAAUACGAGAAUAUAAAACCAACAAACUUCGACAAUCAAACUCUUUUCAUGAGCACAUGUUGUCGAAGUCACAGCAAUCUUCGCAAGAGUCAAUGCCACCGCGUAUCGACGAAGAGUUGUCGCUUGGCGGUGAAGGAAACUGUGUAUCGUCAGCCACCACAACAGUCACCAAUUACAGUGAAACUACCACAAGUACCGAAACGUCGUCACCUAUGUUACCACCACGAGCAGAAAAGCUCGUUAAAUGCUCACCAUAUUAUUCAAGUAGCUUGAGCUCGGAAUCGCCACCAAAUCAAUUGGUACAAAAACCACCACGAAAAAGUUCAAUUACACGGAAUACCAUGAUUAAGAGUCCACCAAGCGGCAAUGACACUGAUAGCUCUAUGGACAUACGCACACAGGAUCCAAAACUGCGUAACAAAGGAUACCGUCGAAAACGACAAGUGCCGACCAAAAGAAUGCGAUCGACGGAGCGUGCUUUAAUAGAACAAGAGAGCUCCGAAUGCUCAGAAGGUUAUUUACCAGAAAUUGACUCUGGUAGUUCCGAUCCCUCAUACCGACCAGAAGAUCAGUAUUUGGAAUUCGACGAAGAAUUAGAACACGAGCAAGAGACCGACGAGUACGAUGAUUAUCCUCAAUAUUCUGGCGCUGCGUACCCCACGUCCAGCAAGUUUGAAAGUUUGGACAUGACGGACAAUGUAGAUGAAAUGGGCUUUCCACGCUACGACCGUUUAAGUCACAUAACUAAUCCAAUGUAUCACACACAAUUAAUGCAACCACUGACAUGCCAGAACGUGGCAACGAAACCCGCUCCAGCCAAUCACCCAAUGCCACCGUCAAAUGGCCAACCGGUUAAACCAGCUCGUACCAAAAAACGCCAGCUAAAGCGUGAGGAAUCAGUUGCAAGUGAAGCUACCGUAGAAAAGCCUGAAAUAACGCUUACGACAGAGCAAGCCCACAUGCGACCAUUUCUCACUCCCGAGGACAGUGAAGUUGAGAGCAAAGAUGGACUCUCAGAUGACUUUGCAAAUUCCAGCGAGGAAAGCAGUGGAUUUGCACAGGCAAAUGAUAUGAUAAGACACACCACUGAUGGCACAUAUACACAAUACGGCGGCGAUAUCGAGUUACCGUACCCGGACUUUCUCUCAGACUAUGAAAAUGAACCAAUUGAAUAUGAACGCUAUGCAUGCGGAUUGGAUAUACGCGUUGAUCCACCGCCCAAGUUUGACGAUUCGGAUAAUUUAAGCGACCACUAAUGAAAUAUGUCCACAUAAUGGAGUUUUGAAUUUGAGUUUAGCCCUAAACUGAUGAUAUACUUGUAUGAAACAACAUGGCACUCGUGUAAACGUACUCUUAUGCAAUUGAAAUAAAUAUGUAGAAGGCAUUGUAAUCAAAACUUAUUGGUAGUAACAAAUGUAAAGUGCAACGCAUACUAACAUACGCGUUGGCGCGUUUGAAAAUUAGCAUAGUUGUUACACAAACAAAAGUCGAUCCUGAACUUGUUUAUAAAAUAUUGACUAAUACUCUCCGAAUCAUCUUAUAUUCAAUUGAGACUGAUUUAUGGUGUGAACUGCUGCAGCCAAUUUGCUUUCGACAAAUCCCCAUAAAGUUUAUAAAUAUUAAAACAAAAUAAUUUUAAAUAACUAACUAGUGAAAAUAUGAAAUUUUAAUCAAAGUCCUUAUUUGCCUGAUUUUAAAAUGGCCAAACUUUUUUAACAACAACCACAUAAUCGUACAUUAUGUAGAAGUUUUGGGAAAACGCUAGUAGCCUGUAAGAUGGAAAGUAAAAAAAUAAUUUAAAAACGAAAUCAAAAACAUACAAAAAUCAUCAACAUCUGUUGUAAGUUAAAGGUUGAGAUUAUCUAAUAGCUUGGUAAAAGCAACAAAUAUAAUAUAAUCGUACUAAAAAUGUUACAUUUUAAUGCACUGUUUACUCAUCGAAUAAUUCUGAAUCAAAGAAGAAAACUUGAAGACAUUUAAGAUAGCUAAAUGCAUAUAAAGAAACUUAAUUGCACACACUCACACACACACACACAGAACCUUGGAAGAACAUUGCUAAUACAUAUACUUGUAUACCUAUAUGUAUAUUCGAUUUAAAAGGUCAAGUAUUGAAAAUGCACAUUUAUUUUGAGAUCACGUACAUUGUUACUCUCCUUAAUGUAUUAUGGCGCUACCAGAUUAAGUUGAGAACGUGAGUAUGCGAUACAAAAUACAAGAAGCAUUAUUUAGGAAAAUUCAUGCUUGAAUAUUUUUAAAUUGCCUGAUCUUAGCUCAAGUUUUGGCAUUUUAAGAGAUAAAUUGUAACAUGUAAUGAAGUCAGUUUUAAAAACAAUUUCCUAUUAGAAUGUCAAUAUGAAGCUGUCAAUAUUUUUCAUUUGCUUGUAAACGAAAAUUGUUAUAUUAAACUUUGCUGCUUGUCAUUUCUCCAGCUAAUGAGAGUUUUGCUGGCAAAAGUAUUUAACUUUUAGUUAAAUUGAGUUAUUAAUCAAAAACGGAGAGUGAUAAAUAAAUAAGAAAUUUAAGAAACUGCCAAGAAAUCCCACAGCUUUUCACCGAAGAAUAAAAAGAAAAUCACAUAAUUUAUAAUUAUCUUCUAUUUGGUUAUACAGACACACAUAGAAGCAACAAAAGUUUUGGGAUUUUUCUGGAAAUCAUCAAAAGUUUGGGAUGUUGGGCAAUCAAAGUAUUAAAAAUACUCACUUUACAAGUAUAUGGUAUAUGUAUGUCUUUAUACAUAUAUACCAUAAUUACAUAAAUCUGGUGCCAAAUGCAGUAUUACAUAAAUUACCAGUUAUUAGUGGAGUGCCAAGUUUUUUGUCUAAUUUUUUUUUUAAUAUUUAAUUAAUUUAUUGAAAAGUGAAUGUGCUUUUAAGUAUAUAUAUACCUUAAGAAAAUACAUAAUAAAGUGCUUCCUAGUAAAUUAGAAACAUUGAAAGCAAAUAACAUGUUAAGGACUACUGUAACCUACUCUUAAACUUCCGAUUCUUUUAUACGUUGGGUUUGUUGUUUUUUUGUUUAGAAUUUAUAUAAGAAACAUGAGAAUAUUAAAGUUUUAAUAGAACUUUUUACAUACAUAUAUAUGAAAAUAUGUAUGUAAUAUAAUAAACACCUAAAACGACUCUGUUGGUGGCGUUGUUGUUUCCACAAAAUUUAAAUACGACAUUCGUAGAUUUAUUGGUAUAUAUAAAAUGGUCAGGAAAUUUACGGUAUGGGACUGGUUUUCCUUGCUCAUCGUGGGCGUAGCCAUGAAAUUCAGAACUUUUUGCUAUAUUAUUUAACUGCCUAAGUCACAAAAAAUUAUAUUUUAUAAAAUUGCUUAACGGCAAAAUAUCGCACCUCUACAAGCAUUUAUUCAUUUUUCAUUAUAUGACCUUUUUUCACUACGAUUAAGUGUUUUUUAAAUUUGUUUGUAAAGUCUUUCACUUAUCCAGAACCCAAUCGCCCUCGCAAUCAAUGUUAACACAGAAGCAAAUAUUGAAAAAGGGGAAAACUGAAUAAUGAUGAUAAAUGCGUGUUGCUUUUUGACAGGCGCUAUCGAAAAGUUCAAUUCAUUUACGUUUUCCAUUUUUCGCUUAAGGAAAUAUGCCAGUUUAGAGCUCUCAAAAAUGGCUGAACGUUCACAAUUCAUUCUACGAGUAUGGCAAAAAAAUCGAUUUCCGAUUUUUAAGACUUUAAUAAAAUUGUUUUUGAUUUUACAAAAAAAUUUAUGAUAUUUUGAUAAAAAAAAGUCCGACAUUGGCUCACAUUUUGGAGUCAACUUUUUCGACUCGCGUUAUCUGAAAGAAUAUAAAACAGAAUCUUUAUCUACAUAAGACUUUCUAGAAAAGUAUGUAGGUAUGAUUUAAGCUCUACAUAAAUUUUUCGCGAAAUGGCGGAUGUAAAAAAACGUUCAAUUUUUGACCGAAAAAAAUAAAUGAAUGAAACAUAAAAAAAUCAUACGCAGUUUACUUGAUAAUAUUACUGUAAAGCUAAAGCUAAAUUUUAAAAUGGACACAUAUAAUAGUCUCCGCGUAUCCCAAAUUUCAAAAUGUUUCGAGAAAACCGUGUUUAAAGGUUUUCCUACUGAGGUUGACUGAUUCAAACACUUUGAUACUGCAGCGGAUUGGACAGAGAAGUUUGUUUUUCAUUAUUCUACUCUACUCUAAGUAAUGACCACGAAAUACGGCUGUUUUAAGUUGAGUUAUUUGAGCGUAUAUUUUGUUCACUGAGGAUACUUUGGAAUUUAUCUUUUAAAAUUUAUUUAAAAUGCGAAGUUUUGUGCUAGUUUUCAUUUUUGUUGUGAUUUUAAAUUUAUUCAUCGCAUAUUUGAAACUAUAUAUUUUUAUUUUAACACAGUUGCUAUUUUGUUGAAUUACAACCAGUUGUGAAAUUCCUAAUCCGAACUUCCAUCCUGCGUAUAUAUAGUUAUAUAUGUAUAUACAUAUGUAAUAUGCAUAAAUGUAUUAUACAACCAAUUUUACGUAAAAUAUAAUGAUUAUACCUAUCUGUAUGUUUGUAAAUUUAAUACGAUAGUUUUGAACUGAUAGACGGAUAUCAAAAUUUCGAAUCAAAAUCGUUGAAAUAAUUUGAAUGUGCCAAAUUUUAUGAUCUGUUGUCAAUAUUGACCGCAUAAUAUUCCAUGUACGAGUAUUUUGUUGUUCGUAGUUUAAAAGUGAUGUCACAUGCAUGUGCUAAACUCUGAAAGAUAUUAAAACAAAAACAAGAAAUUACUAAAAAAAAUAUAUGGAGAAUUUAAAGAAAUUAGGUUAAGUGAAGGCACAACUACUUAAGGAUGUUAAUGAUGACGAAAUAGAAAGUCAGUUAUGCAUUUAAGUGUAUUAAGCAAAACAGAGCACACUCACACAAGACACAUAAAUACAACGCUUUAAUUUAGUCGAAGUUGUCCAGUCGGUUAAUAAAUAUAAUUUUAAAUUCGUAAAACUUUUGAUUAAAACUUCUAAUUGCGGAUUUUACUGCGAAUAUUUAUUGUUAAUUCAAUUUGAUUAAUCGGAAGUUGGAAAUUCUCCAACUUUGCAUGAUACAUUUCCAAAAAUCGACUGGAUCACAGAACGUUAUUUGUACCACAAACAUACAUACAUAUAAUAUAGCUAAUGUCGUGAAUUAUUAAUUGAAACUCAUAACACUUUCAAAUUCAAAGCAAAAAAUGUUACAAACUUAAUAAAGAUUCCAUUAAAGAUUACAUAAAAUAAAUAAUAAAAUAAAAUAAUAGAUUUUUGUUUUAAUUCUUCUGUAUGACCGAGUAUAACUCAAGUGUAUUUAUGUUAGCUAAGGUCUUAAGAAAGUGCAUUAGUGCAUUAUUAGUGGGGAUGUGCGUAUGAGCCUAUAUGUUUCGAAAACUCUGUGGAGAUUUCAGCGGUAUUUCAAACACCAGAGCAAACCGUUCAACAUAUUAAUAAACGUGCUAUUACGCAGUUCUUUGGAAUUAAUACUCCAAAAUUUUGUGUUAGCAUAUUAAUUUUGCUCAAGAAUCAUAAAAAUAGAGAUAGCGACAGUUUCGUUCUUUUGCAUUUUUGGAUUGCGUUUAAAGAAAAUAAGUGAGAUAUUUACAUAUAUUUUCCCUCCCACUUUUCUGUGUGAUAGCUAAAGCUAUUGAAAUAUCUUCAGCAAGGUCGAUAUUGGAUCGAAAUCAUGAAACCACUUCAGUUUUUAGUUUUACUGGUAACUUAAAUUUAGCUGAAGCUUUCGUCCAGAUAUCUUCGCAUAUAAGAAAUUAUUAUCCGAAGGUUUAAAUAAUGUAACUGUGUUGGGAAAGGUAAAUAAAAUAGCUGUCCCCAUUACCUGUUUACUAAAAUUACUAUACGGUUUACAAUAGCAUUUCAAAAACUUCCUUUCUUUUUCGACAUUUUAUUACUAUUUUUUUGAAGAAGAAGAAGAGUUACAGUGUUAUUUCAAAAAAAAAUCGUAUCGUGGGGUUGCAAAAUAACUUUACUAAGGUAGUGAUCACUGUAUAAGUUGUAUGACAUGUUUUACUUUUUAUCCAGUCAAUUAAAUAAAGAGGUUGCUCCUUCGAUACUCAAUAUAAACUAGCUUGAUUACCCACGAUAUACUUAUUUAUGUGCUAGAAAAUAAAAUUUGCAAAAUA